CUUCUCUGGAGCCACUAACCCCAGGGCCCGCUCAGCCUCCACCCCUAAAGGGGACCGCCCGGUUGCACUGCGCCAGAGCCGAGACCUAGGAAGAAAGUUUGGAGCGCCGAGGCGAGUUGUGGGCCACUGGAUAAGGAAACCGGCGGACGGGGAUCUCCACUCCAAGUUUGUGCGGCGUCCCCGCGUCUCGGGGGCGCCUGCCCCGGCGCGCACUGCAGCCGCGGGACUUCAGCGCUCCGGGCGGAAUGGGACUGCCGCUCCGGUUCCGCGGCCGGUGCUAGAGGUUCGGCCUGAAGCCGAGGGGGAACUUCUCUUGAGCGCUGUCGCCGUGGGCCCUCAUUGUCUGCAGGAACUCUCCGGAAUCCGGAGGGGGAGGACUGGAUCGCUCUUCCACUGGGAUUCGUCAAGAGUUCCGGCGGCAGCUGCGGCGGUUGCAGUGUCUCCCUUUGUCCUCCUAGGACCUCCCUCCCUUCCUUUUCCCUCCCUCUGUCAGUUAGUGGGUCCUGCUGCCCCGGGCGCCGGCGCCCCAGCAGCUCGCUGUCCCCCACCCCGGGGUGCGUCCCUGGUAACUCCGACCACUUUAGCGUCCCCACUGAGUCGAGCCGAGGGGGCUGCGAGCAGGAGGCAGCCGCAGGCCCCUGGCCGCAGGAUGGUGGCGGGGCUCUCUCGGGCCCGCAGUCCCGGGAGCUGGCUGGUCCCCGGGCUGUGGCUGCUGGUGCUCAGCGGUCCUGGGGGGCCGGUGAGUGCCCAGGAGCAGCGCUCCUGCGGAGGAGCCUUUGAUCUCUACUUCGUCCUGGACAAGUCUGGGAGUGUGGCAAAUAAUUGGAUUGAAAUUUAUAAUUUUGUCCAGCAACUUACAGAGAGAUUUGUGAGCCCUCAAAUGAGAUUAUCUUUCAUUGUGUUUUCUUCUCAAGCAACCAUUAUUUUGCCAUUAACUGGAGACAGAAGCAAAAUCAGUAAAGGCUUGGAGGAUUUAAAACAUGUUAGUCCAGUAGGAGAGACAUACAUCCAUGAAGGACUAAAGCUGGCAAAUGAACAAAUUCAGAAAGCAGGAAGCUUAAAAACCUCCAGUAUCAUAAUUGCUCUGACAGAUGGUAAGUUGGACGGUCUGGUGCCAUCAUAUGCAGAGAAAGAGGCAAAGAUAUCCAGGUCAUUUGGGGCUAGAGUUUAUUGUGUUGGUGUCCUUGACUUUGAACAAGCUCAACUGGAAAGAAUUGCUGAUUCCAAGGAUCAAGUUUUCCCUGUCAAAGGUGGAUUUCAAGCUCUUAAAGGAAUAAUUAAUUCUAUACUAGAUCGGUCAUGCACUGAAAUCCUGGAAUUGCGGCCUUCAAGUGUCUGUGUGGGGGAUGAAUUUCAGAUUGUUUUGUCUGGAAGAGGAUUCAACUUGGGCAGUCGGGAUGGGAGUGUUCUUUGUACCUACACUGUGAAUGAAACAUACACAAAGAGUGUUAAUCCAGUAAGUGUGGACCUUAAUUCUAUGCUUUGUCCUGCACCUGCCCUGAAUAAAGUUGGAGAAACUCUUGAUGUUUCAGUGAGCUUUAAUGGAGGAAAAUCUGUCAUCUCGAGCUCAUUAAUAGUCACAGCCACAGAAUGUUCUAGUGGGACUGCAGCCAUCAUUGCGAUUUUGGUGUUACUGCUACUACUGGGCAUUGGUUUGAUGUGGUGGUUUUGGCCCCUUUGCUGCAAAGUGGUUAUCAAGGAUCCUCCUCCACCACCACCUCCUGCACCAAAAGAGGAAGAAGAAGAACCUCUGCCUACGAAGAAAUGGCCAACUGUGGAUGCUUCCUAUUAUGGUGGUCGAGGGGUUGGAGGAAUUAAAAGAAUGGAGGUUCGUUGGGGUGAUAAAGGAUCUACUGAGGAAGGUGCGAGGCUAGAGAAAGCCAAAAAUGCUGUGGUGAAGAUUCCUGAAGAAGUUGAGGAACCCGUCAGGCCGAGACCACCUCGGCCCAAACCCACAUACCAGCCUCCUCAGACAAAGUGGUACACACCAAUUAAGGGUCGUCUUGAUGCGCUCUGGGCUCUGUUGCGGCGGCAGUACGACCGUGUUUCCUUGAUGCGGCCUCAGGAAGGCGAUGAGGUUUGUAUGUGGAGGUGUGCUGGCACAGAGCUGAGGGCUUGGAUCAACAUGAUGCAGGGCCGGUGCAUAAACUUCUCCCGAGUUCCAUCUCAGUAAACGGAAAGCAGGAAGACCAAGAAGGUAUGAAGAUACAUCUUCGCACUGCUGAUUUCCAACCAAAUGAAAAAAAAAAAAAAUAAGUGCAUUUCAGAAGUUUUUGGAAGAACAGCUUUCUUCCUCUCUGCCUUCUGCUUUGCUUGCACCAGACAUUUUUAAAUACUUGUUCUGCCAUCUACAUGAGAGUUGAUGAAACCCAGUGGUAACUCAUGAUUCAUGACAUUGAAAAUAAAGACUUGUGUUAAUCUACAUGCUAUGGUUUAUACAAGAAAGUUUGUUGGAAUGUGGAGAGGAGGAAAAGCAAAAACAACAGCAUGAAGAUGAUAUCGAAACAGGGACCACAGUACAACUGGCCGUGACGGAUCUGUAAUGGAGAGAGGAGUGCUUUACAUGGAAACAUGGCACUUGCGUUUUUACAUCACAAGAUGGUCCGCCACAGGCGAGUAUGAAAUUUCCCACCAGGCCAAGCAAAGACAGGAGUCCCUUGCCUUAUAGCUAUGUCAGAUCACAAAAUCCUCCCAAGUCCCCUAUCACAGUGUGCCUUACGGGAAGCUUCUGACUGGAAAAUCUUGUCAUUCUAACACUGAAAGUGCACACGCAUGACAAAAUGUAGACAGGAUGCCUCAAGGUAUCGGUAGCAAGCAAGAUUUUGCCCUUUAGUUUUUGAAGACACCUUUCUUUCAUUAUGCACUCAGGAAAAGAAGAAAAUUAAUAGAGCGUUAUUCCACAGGAAGACAGCCUCUAACCAGAGAUCUUGAGUGGAGUUUGAGGGACUUGUGCUUUGAGAACUCGUCCCUGGGAGUGGUCGAUUUACCGCACUCUCUAUGUUUAGGGUUUAGUAGUGCAUAAAGCAUUAAUAUCUGUAAACAUAACGGGAGUUUGUUUUGCUUUUAAUUUAAAGGAAGCGGUAACCACAAAGCUUCUGCUCAGGGUUUUUCCUUCCUCCAAGUCUCCAAGGGCUCUUCAGCGUCACAAGCCAGCAACUCUCUUUGCAUGAAAAUUUCAAAGUUUAAUUAAUAUAAUUAAAGGCAACAGCAAGCAGCAGCCUGUGAAGAUUUUGCUCAUCUUUUUUAUGCCUUUUGACAUUGAAUGACCUAUUACUGUAUGCGCAUUACUUGGAUUUUGAGAGGCACUCUACCUUGGUUAUGAUUCAGUAGAGAAAAAAAGACCUCCUCUCAUCAGUUUAUAAAUUAAAUUUUCAGGAGGUUCGACCACCACAAAACAUCGAAAUGUAUGUAUUAUAAUUUUUUAGGAAAACCACCAUCGUGUCACGUCGACGAAGCCAAAUUAUGUUAGCGUGAGCGGAAACACUGUGGGGGAGGAAGAAGGCAGCAGCUGAAGAAAAAAGCUCAAAUGAUCUAGUCACUUUCGAUACUGUACUUCAGAUGCGAAAUGGAUAUUCGACUCGAAACCUGACAAAGCGCGCCUGCUUUGAUGUGAACUGGUAUAGACAAUGACCAGUGGCUGGGUCAGUGGGAUGUCUCUCUGUGAGCACAAAGUCUUAUCAAAUGACACUAAAAAUAAGUUCAACAACCAUCACAUUGGAAAGGAGAAGGCGAACAUUUAAUGUUUGGUGGGCAUGUGAGUGCACAAGAUGGAAAGAGCGAUUUGGAUCGUCCCGGUAUAAUUACCCCCAUUGUGCUCUUAAUGGAAAUUUCAGAGGACGGGAGCGAUUCUGUUGGUUGGUGUCUAGAUUUGUGGCACGGCUCCAAGAAGCCUUACUCACACAAAUAUAUAUAUACAUGCAUAUCCUCUAGCUUGAAUCAUUUGCUCAAGUUUAUUUAUGUCACUGGCUGGCUGGAUCCAAAGUCAUGUGUCUACAUAUUCAUAAAUAAAAUUUUACCUGUGCCUCUGCUACCAUUUUAUUUAAGCCCACAUAAACUCAAGCUUGGUUUGGCUAAAUAUAUAAUUGUCCUGGUUAGUUUCAGGACAGAAUUAUAUUCGUUCCAAGAUGUCACUUAUGGUCACAAAUGAUAAUAUUGGCAUUAAUUAUCCAUGUGUGUAAGUGCAACUUGGAAGACUGAUAUACACCCAAUGAGUUCUCAUAGACCUUUGUUCUACAUUUGCAUCUGGGACAGCAUGUAUUGCUGUUUUCUUAAAUUGGCACUUCAUUUCUGAUCUGUGCACACCCAUAAAUGGUAUUUAAGAGCUUCUACAGAAGCUAAGGCUGUUUCUUUGGUAGUCACCUGGAAUUUAUCUACUAUUGUAUGGCAUUUGUAUGGCAUUUAGAUUUUGCCACAUGAGCAAUGUGAGUAGACCUCUGUCCUUAAAGGACAAAAUAGGUUUCUGUAGAUUGUAAUUUAAAUGGGUUUCCAGUUCUAAUGCCACUAUGAAGAGCUCUCAGUGAAGAGAGAGAGGCAAUGGUCUAUAUGUAGACUUAAAAAGUACCAUUCAUAAAGUUCGAAGACAGAUGGAAUCUCGUUACACUUAAAGAUAUGAACCAGAUCUAUGCUGUUUUCUCUCAUUUUAUCAUCUAGCACAUAGAAGAAUUUGCUUUGAAAGAGUGCUAUUUACUCACCAAAGAAUUAAAUCAAAAACCUCUAUACCUUUUGAGCAGGAAAAUAAAAGGUUAGAAUAAAGCCAUUUCUUUAAGUUUAAUAUCAUUUUUAAUAUUUUAUAGAGAGAAGUAGUUCCUGUUUAAUUUUCUGGACAUAAUGUCAGUCAAGAUCUACUCUGUGUAUAAACGAGGAAGUCUUUAUCCAUAAUCCAUUUGUGUUGCAUAAGGUUGCAACAACAAUUAAGUGGGAAAUGAUUCCUAACUUAUGUGUCUACUCUGCCUGGAAAGAAAGUUUUGAAGGCAUCUAUAUAUAUUUCAUAACAAUGUCUGUUCUUUAUGGAUUUGAUCCAUAAAUAUUUAUCUAUCUGAAAACUUUGAUACUUGGAAUGUUUUCCUUAAAGCAUUUGGUGCUCCAAGAAAAAACAUUUGGUGCUAAGAGUUGCAGCACUGAUGUCUUUCCCCAAGUUAAUUCUAUUUUAAAAAUUUAUAUUUCCUUCCCAAUGAGAUGCAGGGUAAAAUUUGAGACCCUCCAUUAAGUAGGGAACAGCAUCUGUCACCUAUAGUUAAUUCUUAUUUUAACAAAAAUAUAGAAGGUUUAAACCUCCUAUAUUUCAAAUUGUUUGAGAAAUGAUUUGCUUAUAUUCCCCCUGAACUUUAUUCGAACCAUUUUAAGUCAUAAAUUAUUCAAUAUUUGUUUUUCUAAUAAAUCCUGACUGCAUAUAAGAUCUGGGUGUCUCUGUGAAGUUAAUAACUUUACUACCUAAAUAUCACUGACCAUUGUUUACUGCUCAGAGGCAAUUUAUUAGUUUAGUUUUAAAAUCAAAACACUGUCUCUAUUAUGGCCAAAAGGUAUUUAAAACAUUUUUUGAUCAGUUUCCAUACAUCAUUUUUGAAUUUAAGAGGCAAAAUAUAAUUAGACCACAUGUACAAGUAUUGGAAAGCACUGUAGUUUCCUCCUCAUGGCAAAGCCUGUGCUUAACUUUUAUUAGGUUUUGGACAGCAUCACAUUACUUUAGGAAGUUUAUUAGUGUUGUAUUACUAAAAAAAAUUUUGGUGGGUAUAUAAUUCAGGAGAGAAAUAUAUACAUUCUUUAUUCUAAUAUGAAAGGAAAUAUAUAAUCUAGAAUCAGAAUAACUGGUACAUUUGUCAUAUGUUUAAAGAAAGAAAGGGGCAGGUGAGGCUAGCGAAUGUCUGUUUGCAGGUAAUGAAGUUGAGUACCGCCAUGUAUUUUGGUCUUGGGGCUAGAUCAGUACUUUGCCUAGUGAAUUUCUGUGGCAUAUUUCUGAGAACACUUUAAUUUUGGUAUAUUCCUAUACUUGCUAGGAUAUAAUUCAGUCAAAUUGACCAAAGGAAAAAAAUUUUGAGAACUCAUAAUGCAGCAAGCCCUGUGCUGUUUUUUUUUUAAAUAUACUUUAUUUUUGCGCUCUUCUGCCAAAAGAAAAUGCUGAUUAAAAGUACACAAAUAUGCAAAUUUAUAUUAAAAUGUGCUUGUUCAGAUUAUAAGACCUAUAUUAAGGUAAUGUGGGGUGGGUGUGUGUGUGUGAGAGAGAGAGAGAGAGAAAGUGAUGUGCUACAUAGGCUCUUAGCUUAGGAAACAGGUGAUGAAUGGCCUAGCCCAUAGAGCUAGCUGCUCUUAACUUGCUGAAAUUGAACUGAUCAGCUUCUCAACCAUAGGCUAGAGAUGGACUGGAGAUAAUCUCAAGUUCCUUCCAGCUCUGACAACAUUUCUGUGAAUAUAGUUGUAUUGGAGGUUUUAGUAUUUAUGUAUUUCAUAUUUUUGAUGACUGGCCUCAUUUGGAGAGCACAACAAUAUUAGCUCUGUAAACUGCCAUUUAGUUACCAGAAAGACACUGAACCAUAGUACAUAAUUUUAUAAUCAGCCAUAAUAGAGUAAUUUCUCAUUUAAUUUCUUACAACUGGAAUUUGUCAAAGAGGCAACUGAUAAUAAAAUUCAUAUCUGAUGAAAUCUCUGAAAUGAGUAAAAAAUACUGGGAAGUGUAUCUGUGUAUUUCACUCUGACUUUACAGUCCUAGCAGGUGUCUCAAAGGCAUAUGUAAAGAUGUAUAGAAAUUGUUACAAUAUACUUAUGCUACCAAUUUUAAUGAUGAGGUACUUUGUACACUGCAGAAAGUUAAAUUAUUAAACCCUUCUUUUCCUUAGUCAAAAUUAGAAAACAGUCUUAAUUGACAGUAACUAUGCCAUGUUCCCCAUAGGAAGUAUUCAAAAUGGCAAACAUUUUACUGAGUAAUUUGAAUACUACUUAGAAUAUGUAGUAUGUUAGAAUUGCUAAACUUUGACAAAGUUACCAUUGUUUUAUUGUAGGAGAAAACUCUGGAAGUAAGAAUUAAAAAAAAAAAAGGAUGCUUCACAUUGUCUCCUAAUCACUAUAAAGUUAUUUGUUUUAGGUGAAUUAUAUUUGCAAGAUUGUAAAUGCCAGUGGAUAAUCCAAAAUAAAUUGUAAAAUUUAUUAAAGUGUACACUUAAGUAAAUCUCAAUUUGGUUAGAAACAUCACGUGUUAAUCUUGUAGAAUAUAUACUAUCCAAAAGA